AUGGUUGCUUCGGCCGUCUUCAUUACGGACUUGCAAGGCAAGAACAUUAUCAGUCGAAACUACCGCGGCGAUGUACCAAUGCAGAAGGCUCUGGAACGUUUUCAAACGUACUUGCUAGAAACCACCGACGAAUCCAAGAAACCGGUCUUUCAUGUCGACAGCAAUGGCGAUUCGUACAUCUACAUUGCGCUGUCCAACCUGUACUUGUGCGCCGUGACGACACGAAAUUCCAACGUUGCUUUGAUUCUGACUUUUCUCUAUCGACUAUCCCAAGUCUUCAAGGACUACUUCGGCACUUUGGAAGAAGAAAGCAUUCGAGACAACUUUGUGAUCAUAUACGAGCUACUGGACGAAACCAUGGAUCACGGUUUACCGCAAGCGUUGGACAGUAUGAUUCUGCGUUCGUUCAUCACCCAGGGUGCCAACCGGAUGUCGGAAGACGCACGAAACAAGCCCCCGGUAGCUCUCACCAACGCAGUUUCCUGGCGCGCCGAAGGAAUCAAACACAAAAAGAAUGAAAUCUUCUUGGAUGUCGUGGAGAAGCUAAACUUGCUGGUUUCGGCCAACGGUACAGUCUUGCAUUCGGAGAUCCUUGGCGCCGUCAAGAUGAGGUCCUUUCUUUCCGGCAUGCCCGAGCUUAAACUAGGUCUCAACGAUAAACUCAUGUUUGAAGCCACGGGCCGAGCGAAUCAAGCGAAAGGAAAGGCCGUGGAACUCGAAGACAUCAAGUUCCAUCAAUGCGUGCGCCUCGCCCGCUUUGAAAACGACCGCACCAUUUCCUUCAUCCCUCCCGACGGUGAGUUUGAUCUCAUGACGUACCGCCUAAAUACGCACGUCAAACCGUUGAUUUGGGUCGAGGCUGUCGUCGAGCCGCACAAAGGAAGUCGUAUCGAGUACAUGAUCAAGACGCGAUCCCAGUUUAAAUCGCGAUCCGUCGCCAACAACGUGGAGAUCAUCAUUCCCGUCCCUCCGGACGUCGAUUCGCCUUCUUUCAAGUGUUCGGUCGGCAGCGUUUCGUACUUGCCCGACAAAGAUUCCGCUGUUUGGACAAUCAAACAGUUCCACGGCGGUCGUGAAUAUUUGAUGCGGGCGCAUUUUGGUUUGCCAAGUAUUUCAGCAUCAGAUAUUGACCCCGAAGCGAAAAAGAAGGGAGAUAACGCUUGGAAGGCGCCGAUUCGGGUACAGUUUGAAAUUCCAUACUUUACUGUUUCCGGCAUUCAAGUCCGGUAUUUGAAGAUCAUCGAACGAAGCGGCUACCAGGCGUUACCAUGGGUUCGUUACAUUACCGCCAAUGGUGACUACCAGUUAAGAAUGGCAUAACACUUCCAACAUUAUCUUCUAUA